UACCAUGGCUUUGGCGUGAAUCACGGUACACUGAUAAAAUAUUAAGUCCCUUUCUUUGGUUUUUGUUUCCAUGUAAAGUUUUUUGAAUUGUUUGAAGAAGUAUGAUUGAAAAUACACGAUCUUCUAGUCAAUGCUCGGCGGGCAUCAGUGAUAACUGCAGAGAUGCGUCCAACAUCCCGCCGUGAAACACGACCAAACAGCGAAACUCUCGCGCGCCUCGCCACAGUUGUUCACGAACCCACAGCGCGGCGACUUUGCGUCCGCUCAGCGUCGUGAGCGUCGAUCCACGUUGCGCCCGACGUCGGCCGCGAAACAUCGCGACAAUUUGACAGAGGAGAGUGUUCAGCUUGGCGAAGAGUGUGUGAGGAGAUAGCUGGAGGCUCGUGAGGAGCGAUAUGUCGCAUCCGGUGCCCAAGAAGAGGGAGGAUGAGGAGGAGAGUGAGACCUCGCCGCCGCCGGAUGGAGGAUGGGGUUGGAUGGUGGUGUUUGGGUCGUUCAUGAUUCACGUUAUAACUGACGGAGUGACCUAUUCCUUUGGGAUAUUCUACGAUGAGUUUCUGGAAUAUUUUAAAGAAGGAAAAUCAACGACGUCCUGGAUAUUAUCUCUUUUAGUUGGCGUUACACUAUGUUCAGGUCCAAUCUCCAGUUCCCUAGUGAACAGAUGGGGCUGCCGAGCCGUGACCAUAGCCGGCGCCAUCCUGGCCUCCGUCUGCAUGGUGAUCUCCUUCUGGGCCCAAAACGUGCUCACGCUAUGCAUCACCAUCGGCAUCGGUACCGGCUUCGGUUUCGGACUCAUCUACCUCCCGGCCAUAGUCAGCGUCACCAUGUACUUCGAAAAAAAACGGUCCCUGGCCACCGGCAUAGCCGUUUGCGGUUCAGGGUUGGGAACCUUCAUUUUCGCACCGAUCAUAUCGAAAUUAUUGGCUGAAUAUGGAUGGAGGGGUAGUAUUUUGAUCAUAGCCGGUAUAGUAUUGGAGAGUAUCAUUUUCGGAGCGCUGUUCAGGCCGCUGGAGAAUGAAAACGGGAAUGGUUCGAAGAAGGAGGAUGUGGUGACGUUGCCGAAGAGGUGUGAGGGGCACGUGGAUAUCCACGUGUCGGAUUACGAGAUUAAUCAACAGCCCAUUCUGCACCUGAACGGGAGCACGAAGAUGAACAGGCCACAUAGUUUUGCUCAUUUUACCUUGCCGAAGAGUUUCAAGCACGAACCCAAUGCGAAUGUUCCCGGAAAGAAGUAUCACGAAGUGUCAAGAUUGGCUUUGAGUCAGCCCAUGUUGACGCAAUCGGAGAUACAUCAUUACAGGUCUCACCAUCACGGAAGCUUCAGAAGACCUUUCGAUAGACCCGAUAUCCUCUACCAAGGUAGCCUAAUGAAUAUUCCCUCAUACCGAUCUCGCCUAGACAUCAAACAUAACGAAAACGGAUUGGAAUCAUACAGAAAACAUCAUCGUCGAAUGUCCAGCGACGAAAGUACCAAAGUUUGUGGUUUGAUUCCUUGCUCUCCCGAAACCAAAGACACCUUACAGGAAAUGCUGGACUUUUCCCUGUUCAAAGACCCGAUCUUCAUCCUUUUCUCGGCAAGUAACUUGCUGACCAGCAUAGGGUUCAACAUACCCUACGUGUACCUAGUGCCUAAAGCCAAAGAAAUGAAGAUGAGUAUCGAAACGGCGGGUAUGCUGAUAUCCAUCAUCGGUGGAGCCAAUACCAUCGGAAGAAUAAUUUUGGGCUACAUUUCGGAUAAGCCUUGGAUCAACAGGUUGCAGAUCUAUAACUGGAGCCUUACUAUUUGUGGUGCAGCUACUUUCUUUAGUGCCUUCUGUGAGUCGUUUUAUUCGCUCGCCGUGUACAGUGCCGUCUUUGGUUUUACGAUAGGAGCCUACGUGGGACUCACGUCUGUCAUUCUUGUCGAUCUCUUAGGACUGGACAAACUGACCAAUGCCUUCGGGCUUUUGCUUCUGUUUCAGGGAAUCGCUUCCCUUGUUGGACCACCGAUAGCAGGUAGUCUAUUUGACAGGACCGGUUCAUACGACCCGGCAUUUUACUUAGCCGGUGUCUCGGUAUGUCUCAGUGGACUAAUUCUGUUCUUCAUACCGCCUAUUCAGAGGUGGCAAGCCAGGAAAGCUACCAAAUCAUUUAAAGAAGAAGAUAUAUAGCAAUUACUAAGCCCGAAUGGGAAAGACAUUAGAAGCUAUAGUAGCGUAUAAAUAUAAUUGUAAAAUGAUGUGUUCCAGUCAUAAAAAAACGUGUUUGUGUUGGGAAUCUUUACGAUCUUAAGUCCCGUCUAGACGUAACGUUUUACCGGUGUCAGGUAAGACGGAUUAAAGACGAGAUACACUAGAAGUUUUACUUGCGGUUUUAGAUCAGUUUUUGGUAAAGGUCAUGGAGAAAGCACUGCUUGUAUUAAUUAUAGCCAUUGUGUUUAGUGAAGUUAUAAUGAAAAAACAUGGAAUUUUACUACAAAAUUGAAUAUUUAUGGUUAAAAUUUUAUUUUUAAACACGCAGAGAUAAUUAUAAAAAUAGUAUCGUUUGGUAAUAAUCAAUAAAUAUCACUAAACAAUUUUCUAAACUUACAUUAUUUUGUGAAACUAUGCAAAAAUACCGUAUUAUCGAAAAAAAAUGGCGUCCAGUUGGCUUGGAAAUGACAAUCGAUGACAUUUCCCAUAUAAUUUUACACAUAAAAUGACAGCGAUCUUCAUUUCAUUGCCAUCGCUGACGCCGUUUUUCUUCGAUCAUACUUAGAUUUUCAAAAAUUGCUUGUUAAAGAUGAUGUAAUAUAUCCAUAAUAUGGCAUAUAUCAGCAACGCCCUGUAUAUUUUUCAAUGUAGGCACAACUGAAUGAUCCCGUAAGUAAAACGUUCGUUUUUUUCGUAUACACACCAGGUUUUUCUUGAUACUUUUUGACUGAACAAAGCAUAACGUAACACUUUAUGUGUAGACUGUUCUUUACAUAAUACAGUGGCCAAAUAACUAGAGUUUUGAAUUUUGUUAUACUUUUUAUUACUUUUUGUACUUACCAACUAACUAGAGACUACCUCGCACAUCACGUAAAGAUUCUAUAUAACACAUCCUAUUACGUGAUCAAAUAAAAAGAGCGUCAGAAUAAGCCUAGAAAUGUUAUUACUACGCCUACUCUAACGCUCUUUUAUUUCGGUAAUUCGAUAUUUUUAUGACGAGAAAAAAA